AUGAGCAACUUUAAAGUGUUAGUGAGUAAUCCUACAGUGCCAGAUUCUGCACUUACUUUACUAAAAAACAAUGGGUGUAAUGUCAUACAGGUAGAGAAAGAAACUAGAGAAAACAUUUUAAACAAUGUUAGAGGAGUGGAUGCUGUGUUUUGGGCAUCUGAUGUUAAACUGGAUUUAGAAGUUAUAAAUGCAGCAGGACCACAAUUAAAGGCAAUUGGGCUUAUGGCAGCUGGUUAUAAUCAUGUGGACAUAGAAGAACUUAGAAAACGUAGAAUCCGUGUGGCAAACACACCGAAAGUACUUAACGAUGCGGUAGCCGAUAUUGCUGUACUUUUAACUUUGGCAGCGCCAAGACGUCUCCGUGAAGCUAGAUUAAGCAUAGAAAAUGGUGAGUGGAUGCCAAAUGAUUCUGAAUGGAUGUGCGGUCAGGAUAUAACGAAUUCGACAGUUGGUAUUAUUGGAUUUGGUCAAAUUGGACAAACAAUUGCAAAAAGGCUAAAAGGCUUUGAUUUGAAACAGCUGCUAUAUACUGGCCAUAAAGAAAAGAAAGAAGGAAUCGAAUUGGGAGCUAAAUUUGUAUCACUAAAUACACUUAUAGAAGAAAGUGACUUCAUUAUAGUCGUAGCACCUUUAACGACGGAAACAAAACAUAUGUGUAAUGAAGAAUUCUUUUCAAAAAUGAAGAAGACCGCAGUAUUCAUUAAUGUUGGUAGAGGGGAAGUGGUUGACCAACCAGCAUUAAUAAAUGCCCUUAAGAAGCGUACUAUUUUUGCUGCUGGUCUAGAUGUUAUGACUCCCGAACCAAUACCAUCGAACCAUGAGCUACUAACAUUGUCAAAUGCCGUUGUAAUCCCACAUCUGGGCACUGCUACAAACGAAACCAGGCAAUCGAUGGCUAAUUUAGCAGCAAAAAAUAUUUUAAGAUGUCUUGCAGGAGAAGAAAUGUUAACACCUGUGGUAUAA